AUGAUGAAGAUGUACAGUAUGUUAUCACAUACUAAAACCCAAGUUGGAGUCUUUACAAUAGCUAUAGCUUUGUUCUUCUUCGUUAACAUCGUUUUAGCCCAGCAAGAUUACUUAAGCUCCGCCGUGGAACGGUCGGCGUUACUGGACCUCCGGUCGUCUUUAGGACUCAGAAGCAAAGACUGGCCCAGAAAGGCAGAGCCUUGUUCUAAUUGGACCGGAGUUCAAUGCCAGACCGGUCGAGUCAUUGGAAUCACUGUCUCCGGUUUGAGACGAACCACUCGUGGGCGGCGCAACCCCCAGUUCGCCGUUGAUUCAUUAGCCAAUUUUACAUCUUUGGUUUUGUUUAAUGCUUCUGGGUUUUCGCUUCCGGGCUCUAUACCUGACUGGUUUGGCCGGAGACUUAGUUCACUUGAGGUUCUUGAUUUGAGGUCUGCUUCAGUCAUUGGUGCUAUACCUGAGUCUUUUGGUAAUUUGAGAAAGCUUAGGUUUUUGUAUUUAUCUGGUAAUGAUAUUACUGGUGCAGUGCCUUCUGCAUUGGGGAACUUGGUUGAGUUGGAGGUUCUUGAUGUUUCGAGGAAUUCGUUUACUGGGGCAAUACCUUCUGGUUUUGCCUCUCUUGGGAAUCUUACAAUGCUUAACCUUUCUUCGAAUUUCCUAUCCGGGCCAAUUCCACCAGGUUUAGGUAAUCUUUCGAGGCUUCAGUUCCUUAAUCUGUCGGAUAAUAGUCUCGCUGGUUACAUACCGGUUCAGCUUGGUGAGCUUUCACAGUUGCUGGAGCUUGACCUUAGCAAGAACUCUUUGUCUGGGGCAUUACCUGUGGAGUUGAGAGGGUUGAGGAGUGUGAGGAAGAUGGAGAUUGAAGAUAAUGAUCUGGCAGGUCCACUACCGGUGGGUUUGAUUUUGAGUCUUGCUCAGCUGGAAGUUCUAGUUCUGAGUAGGAAUAGACUUGAGGGUGCUCUUCCUAGUGCAUUGUGGUCACUUCCCAGUUUGAGGUUUCUUGAUUUAUCCAGCAACAAUUUUACAGGAGCUCUGCCAAGCAUCAGUACAAAUGGUAGUGUUAGAGGAGCUGUGUUCAACCUCUCUGAUAAUCUCCUAUAUGGAAAUCUGACUUAUCCGCUUGUGAAAUAUGGUUCCAUCGACUUGUCUGGUAACUUUUUCCAAGGCAAGGUAUUGGAAGAUAGUCAAAGCAAUGCUACCCUUACUACAAAUUGCCUCCGGUUGGUACCAAGUCAGAGGAGUUUACCGGUAUGUAGACAGUUUUAUGAAGAAAGGCGUUUGGCUUUUGAUAAUUUUGGGGCACCUGAACCAGCCCAGCCACCGUUGCUAGAACCUGAAUCGAAGAGCAGCAAAAAUCGAUUAAUAUAUAUACUGGCCGGGAUAUUUGGUGGACUAGGCUUCAUUGUGAUUUUGGUAGUGGUUCUAGUAGUGCUCCUGAAAAGGGGUAAUAAAGCCACAAAUCAACGAGGAAGUGCAAAUGUAGGGCCUGUUCCAGAUAAAGAUGGCCUUUCACUCCCUAAAGAUCUUGUGUAUGCUUCAGGCCUAGGAGAUCCAUUUUCGUAUGGGCAGAUUCGCCAGAUUGCUGGUGAUUUUGGUGAAGAAAAUCUGAUCAAACAUGGACACUCAGGGGACCUAUUUCGCGGUUCCUUGGUAAGUGGAACCCCUGUAGUUAUCAAAAGGGUAGAUCUGAAUUCCUUCACGAAAGAUUCGUAUAUGAUAGAAAUGGAUUUAUUCAGCAAAGUUUCACACACAAGAUUGAUCCCACUUUUGGGGCAUUGCUUGGAGCAUGAGAGUGAGAAGCUUCUGGUUUACAAAUAUAUGCCAAAUGGAGACUUGGCUAGUUCCUUGCAUAGAGUUACAAAUUCAGCGGAUGGAAAAUUACAGUCUUUGGAUUGGAUUACUAGACUAAAAAUUGCAAUCGGAGCUGCUGAAGUCCUAGCUUACUUGCAUCAUGACUGCAGCCCACCUCUUGUUCACAGAGAUGUUCAAGCGAGCAGUAUACUUCUGGAUGACAAAUUUGAGGUACGACUUGGAAGUUUGAGUGAGGUCCGUGUGCAAGAAGGGGAUGCAAAUCAGAAUGUAAUCACAAGAUUGUUGCGGAAACAACAAAGCUCUGAACAAAGCCCUUCUGCCGUGAUGUCACCGGUGACUUGUGCUUAUGAUGUGUACUGUUUCGGUAAGGUGUUGCUUGAGCUUGUGACAGGCAAGCUUGGUAUCAGCAAAUCAGAUGAUGCCUCUACAAGAGAGUGGCUGGAUCACACAGUACGUUACAUCAGCAUAUUUGAGAAGGAACUGGUGAGUAAGAUAGUCGACCCAUCUUUGAUAGUAGAUGAGGAUCUAUUGGAAGAGGUAUGGGCCAUGGCAAUCGUGGCCAGGUCUUGCCUUAACCCCAGACCUUCCAAGCGUCCGCCCAUGAAAUACAUCCUUAAAGCAUUGGAAAACCCUCUAAAGGUGGUGAGGGAAGAGAGUUUAAGCUCUGCAAGGCUGCGGACAACGUCAUCUAGAAGAUCAUGGAGCACUGCUUUCUUUGGUAGCUGGCGGCACAGCUCAUCAGAGAAUGCUACUGUUCCUGGCCAUACAAACAGAGAUAGUAUCAAUGGCUUAAAACAGUCGGGGCGAGUAGGUUCUCACGGCAGUGUUGGAAAUGAGUUCUCCUCUUCACGUAAAAGGUUGUCCAAUGAAAUUUUCCCCGAGCCAAUUGAAAUGCAAGAUGUUGAGAGGCAAGAAGAACAUUAGCCGAGAGAGUGGUUAUGAUAUGUCAUCCUGAAGGGUGGUUUCAUGUGACUAUCUGCUAAACAGCAUCGCUGCCACCAGUUUUGUUGCAUUGUAUCACCUGCGACAUGAAUUAAGAUUCAUGAGGAUGCCAACGGAAGCUGACCCUCUCUGAUUUGAGGUUGGGGGUCUGCUGUUAUGAAAAUGUAUAAUCCUGUGGAUGAGUGGAUCUCCAAAGUUGAUCCAUAUUCCUAGUGGUUAUGAAAGCUUCGUACUGUCCGAAAAGGAGGUGCAUAGUGUGUAAUUGUCGGACUGAUGCUAUAUGAAAGCCAAACAAGUAGAGCAGACUUGUGAUAUUUCUUUGGACAUUGCCAUAUUUCAAUUUGUUUUGGUAUUUAACAUAGUAUUGUAUACAACGAACAAAAA